CCUGGUACCACCCAACGGCUAUAUAGCCGUUUGGGGUGGCCGUUGAGCCAAAAGAAGCAAAAAAAAAAAAAAAAAAAUUAAAUUUGGACCGUUAGGCCCGGGCCCGAGCCCGACCCGGCCGGGCCGGGCCUCCAAAACCAGGACCCGAGCCCGGUCCCGCUAACCCGACCGGGUCUGUGCCCGAACCGGACCCGGACCCGAGAACCGGGCCGGUUCCGGGCCCGCACAGUGGCGGGCCGGGCCAGUCCCGGGCCGGGCGGCCCGAACCGGGUCCACGCCUAUUUUCAACUCCUUUUUAGCUCAUAUUGCAACAGCUCGUUCUCAUGUAGAAUCGCUUCCAUGCCACAAAGAGUGUUAUGAAAAAGUUUUACUCUAAUAUUAUUUUUCUUUAAUAAUAUGGUGUUUGUUUUUAUUUUAGUUCGAUUAGAUUUGGUUUGAAUAUUUGGAUUUUUGAUGGAGUACUUUUGAUAGGGAAUGUUUUGGUCACGAUCGUUUUAGACUUCAAAUUGUACGUUUAGUAUGUAUGAAGUCAAGUUGCUUUGUGUGAGGUGAUUGUCUCUAAGUUUAUGUUGGGAUAUAUUAUCCCGGCCUAUUACUGUUCAGGAGCCCAAGGCAUCUCCCCAGCUUGGAGCCCGAAUGACAAGGUCCAUUUCAGCCUAUUAGGCAUGUUUCGGCCCCUUGGGCCCAUUUUGGGCUUACUUGGCCCAUUAGGGUAGACUUAUUCCCUACUCCCUUUCCCCUAUAAAUAUGGGGCUUUCCCACAUGUUUAGGGAUCCUUUUUUGGAUGGCUUUUUCCCUUCUUCCCCAACUCAUUUCUUCUCUCUAAAAUAGCUUGCAAGACUCCAUUAAUCGGAGCUCAGAUUGUACUAUGUAAUGGUGAGGAGAGCCUAAUGAGAAAGAGAGGGCUUGGACAUUAGCCUAAAAAGUCCCGUGGUUUUCUCCCUUUCGGGUUUCCACGUAAAAACUGAGUGUUCAUACAUAUAUUUACUAUAUCGUGUUGGAUUAAACUCAACACUGGCGCCGUCUGUGGGAAUUUGUCCAAAAAGAUUCAUGUGUUCUACUUGUUCUUGAGUUUCUACAAAAAAAUUCAUACUAAGUGGACUGAUUCGAACAAAAAAGAAAGAAAAACUAUUCUGGAAAGCAAGCAGGAGAAGAAGAUCUAACGUGAAAAGCUAAGGGAAGGAAGAAAAAAUUAAAUAAAUAAAAACAUCCUCGAAAAAUGAUUCUGAGAAGCUCUGGAUCUAGGAAGAAGAAAAAUUUGAUGCUGGAGGUUUGGAUUUCAACGAGGAAGAAGAAAGGGUGUUACGAAGAUCUGGGCUUUUAGCAAAAAGAAAAAAACAAAACAGGAAGGAUCUAACGUGAGAAGGAAAGGAAGAAAAAAAAUAGGAACAAAGAUUCUGAGAAGAAAACAACGGAGGAGGUUCAGAUCUGGGAUUUUGCAGACCUUGGCCGGAGCAGCCGUCUGUACCGUCGCCGUGCUCCACCAGAAGCUCGCCACCCGGCAAAUCCCAUACGUACGUCAAGUGUAUCUACCCUCCGCCGAACGGCCACCUUUGGCAUGCAACGCCGCACGGCCGCUGCCGUCGGGUUUCCAACACACCAGUGGUCAGCUUGGGCACCAUGUUGCUCGCCGCCCGGCGGCGUAAUUUGCCCCGGCAGCUGCUCCUCCCCAUCUCAAGAAUACCCAGCUGCUCAGCUCUGGCCGCGCGGCUCAUACACGCCACCAGGCUCUCAUCGUCGAAAGGAUCCUAGACCGGCCUCAGCUCGGACGACCGCUAGGGCCGGCUGAUGCUCGCCUCACCUUUCGCAGCUCGUCCAUCACCGGCGGCUGCACAUUUUCUUGACGACGCUCGGUAGCAAGGCCUGUGGCAGAAGAGCGUAAUCCCCUCUCAAUGCGGCUAGUGAGGCAGGCGAAAGGUUGAAGGAAGCCUGGGCCAUGUGAUCGCUAACGUUGACUAAGUCAAAUUGACUAAGGGGAGCAGAUCUGGCUUCCAAUCCCCUGGCCGAGCGUAUAUCUUGAAGCCUGUGCAGGCUAGCACUGUGGCAGAACGUCUAUAUCAAAGUUUGGAACUUGGGAAACUCAUAGCUAGAAAAUUUUGACCAAGUCAAAAUUGCCAAAGGGAACCAAAUCAAGCUCAUAUAGAUUCCCAACUGGCCGAACGUCCAUCUCCAAAACCCAAGUACCCAUACGAUUAAGAUCAUAGUCAGAUAAGAGAUGAUGCUCAAAAUGAACCUUGGUGCCAAGGGCUUGGGGACGAGCAUCCUCCACCCGGAGGCCGAGGGUCUAAAGAGAACCAUCAAGAGCCAAGGGUCGUGGACGAGCAUCUUUCACCCCGGAUGCCGAGGGCCCAAAGACGAUCAUCUAUCGUCCAGUGGCCUAGGCCCGGGGACGAGCAUCUUCCACCCGGAGGCCGAGGAUCUAAAGAAGACCAUCAAGAGCCAAGGGCCGUGGACGAGCAUCUUUCACCCCGGAUGCCGAGGGCCCGAAGACGAUCAUCUAUCGUCCAGUGGCCUAGGCCCGGGGACGAGCAUCCUCUACCCCAAGAGCCAAGGGCCAUGGAUGAGCAUCUUUCACCCCGGAUGCCGAGGGCCCGAAGACGAUCAUCUAUCGUCCAGUGGCCUAGGCCCGGGGACGAGCAUCUUUCACCCCGGAUGCCGAGGGCCCGAAGACGAUCAUCUAUCGUCCAGUGGCCUAGGCCCGGGGACGAGCAUCUUUCACCCGGAGGCCAAAGCCCGGGGACGAACAUCCAUCACCCAGAGGCCAAAGCCCGGGGACGAACAUCCAUCACCCGGAGGCCAAAGCCCGGGGACGAUCAUCCAUCAUUCAGAGGCCGAGGGCCUAGAGGAGACCAUCACGGCCGAGGGCCGUGAGGCCAUCCUGAUUUCAGGUCGGCCUUUCAUUGCCGACACCGUUAUAUCACGACCGGCCUCCCGGCUCGGCGUGCUUUCCAUAUUUGAAGACCGGUUUCAUCCUCGCGCUGCGUAGAUGAGAGCCGUUGCUCGGACAUAUCAGCCUGAUCGGACACUAUUGUCAUCUCCUUAUCAGGACCGACUGCUCAGCGACAUCAUGAUCAUUGUAUGUCGGCUCCCAACGCCGACCUUCUUGAGUUAGCGAUCGGGCUCACCCCUCCCCUCCAGGAGGGUGACCAUCGCCUUCACAUGACGACCAGCUAUUCCAUCGCCUCGUCAUUUUAUUCGUUUUUGUAUCCCACCACCAUUAUGUGUGACAUCACUUGUGCUCAUUCUUAGAACCGAUAAACGUAUUUUCCUCCCUCAGAAAAAAAAAAAAGAUCCCUAAACAUGUGGGAAAGCCCCAUAUUUAUAGGGGAAAGGGAGUAGGGAAUAAGUCUACCCUAAUGGGCCAAGUAAGCCCAAAAUGGGCCCAAGGGGCCGAAACAUGCCUAAUAGGCUGAAAUGGACCUUGUCAUUCGGGCUCCAAGCUGGGGAGAUGCCUUGGGCUCCUGAACAGUAAUAGGC